AGAUUGGAUUUUUAUUCAAUUAUUUUUCUCCUUGAGUUGUAUUUUUUGGUCCGUUUUCCUAAAAUUCCUUGUAAUAAAAAUCACGACGUUACCAUUUCAAGAAACUUUCAGCACCAAAGAUUGGAUUUUUAUUCAAUUAUUUCCUCCCUGAGUUGUAUUUUGGUGUGAUAAAAAUAAAAGAAUUACGAGAAAUGGGUUCAAUAAUUGAUGGACUUUCCGGAUUUACCAUGCAGCCGGCAGCGUUUUAACUUGUGUACGAACUCUCUGUGAGAAUAUAGUAAUACUUGAAAGAAAAAUAAAGGAAAAAGAGAAAAAAAACUGAAAGAUCUGUAGACUGUAGCUGAUUUUAGCUUCAGAGAGAGAGGGGGAGCGGGUGAGAGAGAGAGAGAGAGAGAGAGAUCUCAAUAGUUCACAAAAGCUACUCAUCAUUUCCUUCUUGUUUAGCUUUUACUUGCUUACUUUAGUUCAUUUAUUCCUCGGACCAGUCCUCUUCUUGUUCUUUUUUGGUGUUCCUCUUUAGGGUUGUUUGUUUCAACUUCAAGAUCUGCUUUAACUUUUCGUUUUCCGCAAACCCUUGUGAAAUUUCAUGCUCCCACCUUGUUUAUUUUAAGUUUUUCUUCUACUUGGGGAAGCAGGCUGCAUAUUUUGGGGGGAGGAGGGGUGCAUGUGUGGGUUUGGAUGAGAAGAAUUAGCUAUUCUAGUUGGUUUGUGGGGUGGGGGGUGGGGGUGGGUAUGGGUGUGGGUGGAGGGAUACCUUUCAAGAUUGUUGUUUUUUCAUGAAUCCCUUUUGAUUUCAGGGAAAUUAGUUUUAGUGGUAGGUUUUUGUUUUAGCAAAGAUUAAAAUUAGUGAGGAAUAUGAGGUUAUCUUCUUCUUCUUCACCUACUACUACUGGAUUUAAUGCUCAGACUGAGGAAGGAGAGACGAAAUGCUUGAAUUCGGAGCUAUGGCAUGCGUGUGCUGGCCCGCUUGUCUCACUUCCUCUAAUUGGAAGUCGAGUCGUGUACUUUCCUCAAGGCCAUAGCGAGCAGGUUGCUGCCUCAACGAACAAGGAAGUGGAUUCGGCUAUCCCUAGCUAUCCCGGCUUGCAGCCACAGCUAAUAUGCCAACUUCACAAUGUUACCAUGCAUGCAGAUAUCGAAACAGAUGAAGUAUAUGCUCAGAUGACUUUGCAACCACUCACCACUCAAGAGCAAAAAGACUUAUGCUUGUUACCGGCAGAACUUGGCACCCCAAGUAAACAGCCAACCAAUUAUUUCUGUAAAACAUUGACAGCUAGUGACACCAGUACCCAUGGGGGAUUCUCCGUCCCUCGCCGAGCAGCUGAGAAAGUUUUUCCUCCCCUUGAUUUCUCUCUAACGCCUCCUUGUCAAGAAUUAAUUGCGAAGGAUCUUCACGGAAAUGAAUGGAAGUUUAGGCACAUAUUUCGUGGUCAGCCAAAGCGACAUCUCCUUACGACUGGAUGGAGUGUGUUUGUGAGUGCAAAGAGGCUUGUCGCUGGAGACGCUGUUAUUUUCAUAUGGAAUGAGAAUAAUCAAUUGCUCUUGGGAAUUCGGCGUGCUCAACGUCCUCAAACUGUUAUGCCGUCAUCAGUUCUGUCCAGUGAUAGCAUGCAUAUCGGUCUUCUUGCUGCAGCUGCUCACGCAGCAGCUACAAAUAGUCGUUUCACUAUCUUUUACAAUCCAAGGGCAAGUCCAACUGAGUUUGUCAUAUCACUGGCGAAGUAUGCCAAAGCAGUGUAUCACACGCGAGUUUCUGUUGGGAUGCGCUUCCGGAUGCUAUUUGAAACAGAAGAAUCAAGUGUUCGUAGGUAUAUGGGCACGAUUACUGGUGUCAGUGAUUUGGAUCCUGUUCGUUGGCCAAACUCGCAUUGGCGCUCAGUGAAGGUUGGGUGGGAUGAAUCAACUGCAGGGGAAAGGCAACCGCGAGUUUCGUUGUGGGAGAUCGAACCCCUGAUGACCUUUCCCAUGUACCCGUCUCCAUUCUCCCUCAGAUUGAAGCGGCCAUGGCCGUCAGCACUGCCUUCCUUUCCAGGUGUCGGAGAUGGCGAUAUGAGCCUUAACUCUCCGCUGACAUGGCUUCGUGGUGGCGGCAUCGGAGAUCAAGGGAUGCAGUCGCUUAAUUUCCAGAGAUUUGGUGUAUCCUCUUUCAUGCAGCCGAGGCUUGAUAACUCCAUGCUCGGUUUACAACCCGAGAUGUAUCAUGCGAUGACGAGUAAUUCUCUCCACGAUGCGAUGUCGUUAGAUCCCUCUAAAGUUCCCAGCCAGUUGCUCCUGCAGCUCCAACAAAAUCUGCCAAACGUGUCUGCCUCACCGAUCCAGAAUCAAAUGCUGCAGCAGUCGAACCCUCAGCCGAACUUCGUUCAGAACUUUCCAGAUAACGUCAUGUCUCAGGCUCAAAUGUUGCAACAGCAGUUGGAGCUCCACCAGCAGUUCAAAGACCAGCAAGAGCAGCAACUGCAACAACACGAGCAGCGGGUGCAGCAAUCGCAGCAGCAAUUGCAUUCGCACUUCCAAGAUCAACAGAACAAAGCCACCCUCCAAAACGGGCCGAGAAUGGGGCAAGCCUCUCAGCCCCAGCUCACGCCGCUGCAGGCAAUGGCCUCGACAAGCCAGCUACACAACUUCUCUGACCUUCUCGGGAACCACGUCUCUUCAUCUAAUACUUCCUCCAUGCCUCAGAGUCUCCUAACUUCGUUCUCCAACGAAGGAGCAUCGCAUCUGGUGAACUGGCACGCACCCAACAACACCUUAGUCUCUCAUUCCUCGUCAUCAAAGCGAGUAGCGUUGGACCCUCAACUCCCUCCCAAGGUUUCCCAGUUUGGAAUGCUUCAUCCGGACGAGUUAGUGCCACCCGGUCCCAAACUCCCCGACCUUUCAGCUUUGCUACCCCCAUUUCCCGGGAGAGAGUUUCUGGGUCUCCAAGGUGCCUCCGACUCCCAUGACAAAAGCCCGUUUGGCGUUACUACAGACUCAUCUUCGGCUAUGAUGCUGAAUGGGCUUUCAUCCUCCUUCAGAAACACUGGCAACGAGAAUGGAUCAUUCUCAAUGUCUUAUGCUACCCCAGCAUUUGUGGGCGCUGCAGGCACCGACUUUCCUCGUAACUCAGAGAUGACUUCCUCAAGUUGCGUAGACGAGUCAGGCUACUUGCAGGCCUCGGAAAAUGCAGACCACACUAACCCACCCCCUGGAACCUUUGUGAAGGUUCACAAAUCAGGGUCUUUUGGACGGUCGCUCGAUAUUUCCAAGUUCAGCAGCUACAAUGAGCUCCGUAGUGAGCUUGCUCAGUUAUUCGGGCUUGAAGGAUUAUUGGACGACCGUCAGAGAUCAGGCUGGCAGCUUGUAUUUGUUGACCGAGAGAACGACAUUCUUCUCCUCGGCGAUGACCCUUGGCAGGAGUUUGUAAAUAGCGUGUCGUGCAUCAAGAUUCUAUCUCCGCUCGAAGUUCAGCAGAUGGGGAAAGAGGGGCUCGAUCUCCCCAACCCACCCCAGUCGCACGUGCUCCCCAACAACGUUGGCAGCAGCUGUGAUGAUCGUACGAGCCACAAGGACUCCCGAGGUAGCUUCAACGGGAUACCUUCCGUGGGCUUGUUCGACUACUGAUGACUGCGUGUAACGGCGCUAAGUUUCGUAUGACCACCUGCUGUUUGUAAGACACAGUAUUUAUCUGUUUGAGACUGUUGAGGCCUGCAGUAUAUGUAAUAUUUUGUUGUAUGUAGCUUGAUCUGAUAAUUCUCAGAAUUUAUUGUGAUAAUAUAGUAUAUAUUUAUCCCAUGAAUCUUUGACAUGUUUAGAAACUCUACUCUUACAAAACAGUGAUGGAAUUUUGUUUUAGUUGCA